AUGAAAUUAAUUAUUUAGAAGUUUUAAUAGUAAUUAAAUGACAAUCUUGUAAAUUUAAAUUUUUUUCACACCUUAUUGACUGAGCCCCACCCACAAUAGUACGUACCAGGUUACUCUUCCUCUGGGCCGACCAUAUUACUAGUGCUGGUUAGGAUGGCUGUUUACGAAGGGACAGUAAAAACCAAACCCAUAUUAAUUACGAGUGUUUUGCACAAGCCAAUGGCUGAUUUUAAUUAUCAUAAAUAUUCGAGUUAAAGUUAGAAGUUACUCAAACUUGCAUUUAUAUCAGUAUGUCAGCAAGGUUGUCAUUCGGUUAAUGAAACUUCAGCGAAACAAGAUUGA